AUUGAAGCCGUUGUGCUGUGCACAGCUGAGUGAUGAGUGCCAGGCAGUGAGAAAGACGCUCAGUGACGAGCAGCAACUUGAGAGAGGAAGACUGAAACUGAGGCUGCAUCGGUUGUAUUUGAUUUAAUAAAACAACACUUGCUGACUUACUUGGGAGAUAUCAAAGAUGGAUUUCCGUCACGAUUCCAAUUUUUCUCUGGAAUACAUCAACACAACAGCAUUAGCUGCAUGGACUCGUCUUACCAUCCCAAAAGGAGAGAAACAUCACCACCACAUCACAUUCGUAAGAAAUACAGAAAUAUAGCUGUGGACAGUCCCCCUCAUUGCAGCGCCAUCCUCCUUGUCAUCUUUGGCAUCAUCUUCCUUUUCGGCAUCCUGGGCAACUGUAUUGUGAUCUACACUAUCAUGAAGAAAACGAAGUGUCGCGCCAAGCAAACUGUUCCUGACGUCUUCAUCUUAAAUUUGUCCAUUGUGGAUGUCCUGUUCCUCCUCGGGAUGCCUUUCCUAAUCCACCAGUUGCUAGGCAACGGGACAUGGCGCUUUGGAGCCGCAAUGUGCACAGUCAUUACUGCGCUGGACUCCAACAGUCAGAUUGUGAGCACUUACAUUCUCACGGCCAUGACCCUCGAUCGUUACAUCGCCACGGUCCAUCCCAUCCGCUUCAACUACAUCCGGACGCCUUUUGUGGCCUCGCUGGUCAUCGUCUUUGUCUGGGCUCUGUCCUUGAUCACCAUCAUCCCCGUGUGGUUGUACGCCGACCUGAUGCGUCUACCUGACGGCCUGGUGGCCUGCGCCCUGCUUCUGCCCGACCCAGUCACCGACACAUACUGGUUCACGCUGUACCAGUUUUUCCUGGCCUUUGCUAUCCCUCUGGCUAUCAUCUGCAGAGUGUUCUUCAAGAUCCUGCAGCACAUGUCUACCAGCGUGGCCCCACUUCCUCAGAGGAGUCUGAGGGUACGCACCAGGAAGGUGACCCGUAUGGCGGUCGCCAUCUGCUUGGCCUUUUUCAUCUGCUGGGCUCCCUACUAUAUCCUCCAGCUGAUCCACCUGGGCGUGCAGAACCCGAGCCUGGCCUUCUCCUAUGCCUACAACAUAGCCAUCAGCAUGGGCUACGCUAACAGCUGCAUUAACCCCUUUCUCUACAUUGUCCUGAGUGAAACCUUCAAGAGGCAGUUCCUCAGAGCCGUACGUCCGGCCAGCAUGAAGUUUAAUGUCAACUCUAGCACUGCAGAGGGGGGCAGCGUGAGUAUGAGGAUGGUGCCAGGGGGGGCUCACAUGGAGCCAGCCUCCAGGGAGAUGUUACCGUCCAAUGUCCCCACACAGUGAAUAAUCACCCAAUGAGCAAUAGGGGGUGGGAAUUGUGAAUGAACAUUAUUAUUACAAGAUAUUGCCAAGGGUAAUAUCAUAUACCUGUCACGCUUUGCUUGUCGCUCUGCUGCCGCCUAUCUGCCAUUUGUCCGCAGUGCACCUCAGCCGGCGUGGGCGGAGAUGCCGGAGCGCACCUGUGGGCAAUCAUCAAUCUGGAUUCCUCCUAAGCAAGGCAGCAGCUACUCACCUUUGUCAGAUUGUACCCUCCUGUUACCUGCUACCGCUCAGUCCGGCUCCUGUUCCCCUUAACCUGCUUUCUGGCUCCCUUGUUUGCUUGCAUUACCUGCUCUGUAUAGUUAGUCAUCUGUCUGGUUUGCCUGCAGUGUUUUCUGUUACAUUUUCUAGUUUUUUCCCUAACAGCCUUAUGCUGUUAGUGUUUUCUUGUUAGUUACCUUCUAGUGGAUUUUCCUUUGUUUGUACUUUGCCUGUGUGGACACUUUUUGUUAUUAAACCUUAUUUUUGUAUUAGAAGUUGCUUUCGUCUUGCGUUGGGACCCUACUUUCCUUGCUGUGGCAUCCGCCCCUCCUGACAAUACCUGAAAUAAUCAGCAACAAUACAUCACGAUAUCAACAGUUGCACACAAAAUUCUAAUUUUUGCAAAGUUCAUAACGAAAGCAACAAAACAAUUGAACAGCUCACCACAACUAAAACAGCCUCAUUGUUUUUUUUCUACUCCUUUUAGGGCAGGGGUAUCCAAAUCUUUUCACCAAGGGCCGCAUACAGAAGAACAUUUUAGGUAUGGGUGGAUCGGGAGGCACUUUGAUACAUUCUCUG